AUGGAGCAGCUAUUAGAUAGCACUGACCGGAACACAGACAGCUUAAGUAUCUCGUACCUGCAAUUGUACAACGAACGGGUGCAAGAUCUACUGAAUACAGACAAAGACAAUCUAGCGGUCCAAGAAGACAACAAGAGUGGGGAGGUGCAAGUGCCAGGAGCUACGAGUGUUGAGGUUCGAAACUUCGAGGAUUUCCUUCACUGCUUACAAACGGGGGAAGUGAAUCGAGCCGCAGCAAACACGAAGAUGAACACCGAGUCCAGUCGUUCCCAUGCCAUCCUGCUCGUCUCUGUCCGGAAAGCCUCAGUCACUGAGGAGGGGGGAGUGCCGACAUUCAAGAAGGGGAAGCUCCUCAUAGUGGAUCUUGCGGGCUCGGAGCGCCUGCAAAAGUCAGGAGCAGAAGGCACGCAUGCGGAAGAGGCAAAGUUUAUCAAUCUGUCCUUGACGGCGCUUGGCAAGUGUGUCAACGCUCUAGCAGAGGGGAGCCCCCAUAUUCCCACACGCGACUCAAAGCUGACUCGGUUACUGAGAGACUCGUUUGGAGGAAGCGCACGCACUUCCCUCGUGAUCACGAUCAGCCCUUCAGCUGUGCAGAGGAGCGAGACGGCAAGCACGAUCCAAUUUGGCCAACGAGCAAUGAAGGUGGAGAAUAUGGUGAAAAUGAAGGAGGAGAUUGACUACAAGACACUUCAAAAGAAGACUCAAGCGGAGCUUGACCACAUGACGGCGCAGAUGGAGAUACGACAGAGUGAAAUCGAGUUGAGAGAGGCUCUGGUUGAGCAAAAGCUCGCUCAAGCCGACGCCCAGAGAGCAGAGUUCAAUAGAAAGAUUGAAGAACAAACGAAGGAGAUCGCAGCGUCAAAAGACGCCCUGGCAGCAGCACGCAAGAAGCACGCCGACGAGUUGACCCGGAUCAAGAAGCAGCUCGCAACCGAGACGCAGGCGCGGCAGGCCUUGGCAGCGGACUUGGCAGCGGUCCGCCAGUCCGCCGAGCAGAACAGCGCUUCGCAAGCGGAUGCGGACGCUCAAAUGUCCGGGCUGCGGAGUGCGCUGGCUCAGGAGCAGGGGGCGAGAGAGGCGGUGGAGGCACAACUGGCCGAGAGCAAUCAAGGCGCGGAGGAUCUGCGGACAGCUGUGGAGAGUCUGACGGCCGAGAGCGAGCGCUUGCGGGCGGAGGUGGAGGGGUUGAGAGCUCAACUGGAAGAGCUGAGGUCGUCCUCGUUACACGGGAACGGGAGCCCCAAUGGAGGCUCGCCGAAGAGCGACAAGCGGCCAAAGAUAUCGACGGGCAAGCUGUUUGAGAGUCAGGACCUGGAGAAGAUUCUGGUGUUACUGGAAAACGAAGACCUUAACGUGCGAGUGCACGCAGUCAAGGUUCUCGCGAACCUGGCAGCGGAGGAGUCCAACCAGGAGAAGAUAGUGGAGGCAGGCGGCUUGCAGUCGUUACUGAAUCUGAUGGAAAGCACGGACGACGAGACAUGCCGAAGGGUGGCGGCUGGCGCUCUUGCAAACCUGGCCAUGAACGAAACGAAUCAGGAGCUCAUCAUGAACGCGCAAGGGGUACACCUGCUAGUGGGAGUGUCAGAAGCUGCCGAGGACCCGCAGACGCUGCGCAUGGUCGCGGGCGCGAUCGCGAACCUGUGCGGCAACGAGAAGGUGCAGCACCAGCUUCGGGAAGAAGGCGGCCUGCGGGCGCUAUUGAGCAUGGCGUCCACGCAACACACCGAGGUCCUCGCGCAGGUUGCUCGCGGCUUUGCCAACUUUGCCAAGUGCGACAAAUCGGGAAAGUCUAUGCUGAUAGAGGAAGGGGCCCUCGGGUGGCUGGUCGAGCACGCAACGGCUCCAACAGCCUCCGUGAAGCGGCACGUGGAGCUUGCACUCUGCCACCUCGCGCAACACGAGGUGAACGCUGAGGACAUGGUUGCCGAAAACGCGCUAGCGGAGCUGGAGCGCAUUUCGAGGGAGUCGUUGCGGGAGGACGUACGCGAACUUGCGGCCAAAGUCAUCAGCGAGAGCCCCACUUUCCAGCAGCACCUACAGUAG